GCGCAGACGACAACAGAACAUGAGAAGAGAUCCGACGGUGGCACGACACUCACACUGCCGUCUUACCUGUAUUAAAACACUCAACUCAAAUCGCGCCAAUGUCGCACGUGUGAAAAAGCUUAAAAAAAACGAAAAGCUUUUUCCCACGUUCCCUUCUUCAAAUGAAAAUCCCCCGUCCCCAUUCCAUUUGGAAUUCCCACGGCCAAAAGAACUUUGACGACCUCACAGCUAAAGCUUCACCCGUGCAAACGAAUAUCAUUCUUCACUGUUAAGAACUUCUAGGGUUUCAUCGUCUGCUUCAACUUCAAGGGAUUUUGGGGUUUUGGAAUCUGGAUCCGGCUGCGAUGAAUUUGGACGAUCUUAACAAGGUGUGGGAAAUCAAAGCCCUGAAAAAGCCUGGAGAAGAUGAAGCGAGGAAGAUUCUAGACAGGAUAGCGAAGCAGGUCCAACCCAUUAUGCGUAGACACAAAUGGAGGGUUAAGAUUCUUUCCGAAUUCUGUCCAAACAAUCCGUCUCUUCUGGGGUUGAAUGUGGGAGGCGGGGUGCAUGUGAAGCUGAGGCUUCGGAGGCCUAACAGAGAUUGGAAUUUCUUCCCCUUUGAUCAAGUUCUAGAUACAAUGCUUCAUGAGCUUUGCCAUAACGUCCAUGGCCCGCACAAUGCCAGCUUCUACAGGCUUUGGGAUGAACUUAGAAAGGAAUGCGAGGAGUUGAUGGCCAAGGGAAUAACAGGCACUGGGGAAGGCUUUGAUCUUCCUGGGAGGCGUUUGGGUGGCUUCUCCCGUCAGCCUCCCCUCUCAUCUCUCCAUAAAACUGCACUAGCGGCUGCAGAAAAGAGAGCACGUUUGGGAUCUCUUCUGCCAUCUGGACCCAAACGUCUUGGUGGUGAUAGCACUAUUAUGGUUGCACUUAGUCCGAUACAAGCUGCCGCAAUGGCUGCAGAGAGAAGAUUACAGGAUGACAUCUGGUGUGGUUCUCAGUCUUGUGAAGCUUCUGGGGAUGAAGAAAGUAGCUCUGAUAUUUUGCAGAACCUUGUAGAUAUGGAGCAAAUUGGGGGAAGCUCAAGGCUAGAGGGUCCUAAGAGUGCACAUUCCGUGGAUGCAAUCUCCCAGAAAAGAAAUCGGGAAUCAGAUCGAAGUUUGUUUUAUCAAUCUUCCAAUGAUCAUUUGGAAUCCAAUUUGGAUGCUUCAACCCCUGGGUCCAUGCUUCACCAUGACAAUAGAUCUCAAAAAAGAAAUUGCAAAUCAGUUAACACUUCAUUUUUUCAGUCUACUCAUCGGCAAGAAUAUGGAUGUACGGAUUUACCCAAUCCCUCUUCUGAGCCUGGGCAUAGUCGUGAUACAAUACCUGCUAGAACACUGAAUCCAGAGGAACCUCUUAUGUGGGAGUGUGGAACAUGCACUUUGUUGAAUCCUCCAUUGGCUCCAAUAUGUGAGCUUUGUAGCACGCAAAGGCCUAAAGAUAUUCAUAUCAAGUACAAAAUAUGGCCCUGUAAGUUUUGUACAUUGGAAAACAGUGUGGAGUUGGAGAAAUGCUCUGCCUGUGGUCAGUGGAGAUACUCGCGUGGAGCACCUGUGUCAAUGCCAGCACCGAAUGUUGGUACUUAAAGAGGUACAAUUCCAUUGGCCAACAAUCUUCCGUGUGCUCUUUUUCCAAGUCAAUGCAAAAGCAGAAAUUUUGCCAAUAUACUUUUUGAUCAAGUUGUUAUGGCCAUUUUCUUGGGAAUGAGAAUUAAGAAUGUCCUUAUAUUCUCAGGAUCGAUUCUGCGCAUCUGCUUUCAUAUUUUGCUUAUUAAUUUAUACUUAUUUUGGUA